UUCUGCUCUAUAUCCAACAUGUCUUGUCGAGUCCGAUCACUCUCCCUACCAGUCUGCCUCCUGCUGCUGCUGCUGGUGUCCUUCAGCCACGCAGGGCUCCGACAUCGCGCUUUUACUGCCGCAUCAGGUGGCAGCUCCACGGACAAGUUUAGUUCGCGCGUUGCAGGCGGCCAAGUGUCCGAUGUGAAGGCGGCACCAUAUCAGGUCUCGCUGCAGAAUUCUUACGGCAAUCACUUCUGUGGCGGUGUCAUCAUUCACGAUCAGUAUGUGAUCACUGCAGCCAGCUGCUUGGCCGGACUCCGCAAGAGCAACGUCAAAGUGGUAACCACAACGUACAACGAUUGGGGCCUGGAUGGCUGGGCGUAUGAUGUGGAGGAGAUCAUUCCCCACUGCAACUUUGAUCAGCCGCUGUACCACAAUGACAUUGCACUGAUCAAGACAAAGACGCUCUUCCUUUACGAUGAGGUGACAAAGAACAUAACCAUUGCCCCGCUGGAGGAUCUGGUUGAAGGGGAAAAGCUCACGAUGUACGGCUGGGGCAGCACCACGGCUGGCGGUGACUUCGAGUGGGAGCUGCGACAGCUCGAUCUGAGCUAUGUGCCCACAGCGAAGUGCAAUGCCACCUAUGGCGGCACUGAGGAUCUGGAUCUGGGACAUCUAUGCGCCGUCGGACGCUUGGGCGCUGGUGCCUGUCACGGUGAUGCCGGUGGACCGCUGGUCGACAGCCAGGGACGCCUCGUGGGCGUCGGCAAUUGGGGCGUGCCCUGUGGCCAUGGAUUUCCCGAUGUCUUCGCUAGGAUUAGCUUCUACUACAGCUGGAUACAGUCCACGAUCAAUGGCUGCAGCAUUUCCUAAGCAAUAAAAUCUUUUUCAAUUUG